AAGUUUUUUCGCAGCGGUUAUCUGAUUCUCUCACAAACACCUUGAAUUCAAGAAUCCUCCAAUAUUCAAUUGGUUUCCCGCUUUCUCUUACUUUUCAUUCUUUUUUCUUGAAUUGAAAGGUGAUUUCACUCCGUUUAUCCUAAACUAUUCAUCGGGCUGGCCACUUGUUUGUUCACACAGGUCGGAAAACACCUGGAGACGUUUUUCAUUGCGAGAGUUUCGUUUAUAGGAGGAUCACUCAAAUCAAUUUCGAAUACGAAUCUCUCUUUUGUGUGUUAAUAAAUUCUCCUAGGCACACUGCUCUUUUGUUAAAAUCUUCUGUUGUUGUCCUCUCUGCAACAAUUUCAUCUCAGCUACUCUAUUCAUAGGCGUAUUGGGUCUUAUUUAUUGAUCCGCCAUUGUUUAUUUUUUGGUUUUUUUUCUAUCAUCAAUUUGCUUUUAGAUUUCUGCUAGCUCUUUUGAAUCAUUUCACGGCUUCCAUAUUCCGUAUCGUUACUCUGGAUUUCUUCAAAAUAAAUAAUAAAGUCAAAUUAUGGUUACUACAAUUAUUAAUGUGCAAGGGAUGACUUGCACUAGUUGCGUUGCUUCGAUUCAGGCAAUGUUAAAAUCCGUUGAGGGUAUGCAGCAGUUUACUGUGUCGUUAUUGCUGGAACGGGCCGUUGCUGUUCACGAUAUGAGCACGCUAUCUCCUGAAGACAUUAUAGAAAGGAUUGAAGACUGUGGAUUCGAUGCUUCUAUCAUUUCCACAUCAGAAGGGGAGCAUGGAGAAACUGCUUUGUAUUAUCUUCCUUCUCCUCUAAACCAAGAAUUACUUGAAAAGGUCCAAAGCCAAAUAAACGAUUUACAGGGUGUUUUAAAUGUUCGACAACAAACGCAGCCGGAUGCUGUCAUUCAUGUCAGCUAUGAUUCCGAAAUUACUGGCCCUAGGACGAUUUUGGAAGAAAUAGAAUCCAUGGAUAUCACGUGUACUUACAAAUCGGUGGAUUCCAUGUCCUCCAGGCUUCACUCAUUUCAACGCUUGGAUCAAGCAAAGGUUUGGAGAUCUCGUUUUAUUGUGUGUAUUAUUUUCUCUUUUUUUGUUAUGUUGCUUCCUAAAGUUUUCGAUUCUUGCGAAACUAUGCGUAGCGUUUUUCUUGUGCCUCAUUUGUUUGGCAUCUGUGCUUCUGACUUGGUAAGUCUACUGCUUUCCAUCCCUGUGCAGUUCGGUGUUGGAAGAGUGUAUUAUAAAACCGCAUUUCGCUCUUUGAAGCGCUAUAAGGCAAAUAUGGACGUUUUAGUAUGCCUGGGUUCUACUGCAGCUUUCUUAGCUAGCGUUUGCCUGAUGUUACUAUAUAAAGCUCACCAUUCUGAUACUUAUAAAACUGCUCCAAUCUUUUUUGAUACCUCUGAUAUGCUUCUGUCUUUUGUAACUCUGGGAAGAUAUCUCGAAAGCAAAGCAAAAGGCUCUACAUCUGCUGCUCUCUCCCAACUUCUCAAUCUUUCCCCUUCCAAUACGACCAUUAUUCAAAAUGACGAACAGAUUAGCAUAGAAACGGAUUUAGUACAGCGCGGUGAUACAGUCUUAGUUCGACCAGGCGAUCGUAUUUCUGUCGAUGGUGUAAUUAUUGAAGGAUCCUCCUAUAUAGAUGAAAGUUCCCUUUCAGGUGAACCUGUGCCUGUCUUUAAAAAAGUGGAUGACUAUGUUUUAAGUGGUACUGUCAAUGGAAAUGGUCGUAUACUGUUCAGAGCUCUAAAGUCUCCUCGUGAGUCGCAAUUAGCGGUAAUAGUUGACUUAGUUCAAAAGGCUCAAACAUCCAAGGCGCCUAUUCAGGAGUUUGCGGAUAAAGUAGCUGGAAUAUUUGUCCCUGUAAUCAUAACUUUGGCGGUGUCGACGUUUGCCUUUUGGUACCUUUUCGUCACUUUCUCAUCUUCAUAUCCCCCGAUAUUCAAUGAUAGCAUUGGAAAAUUUGCCGUUUGUUUGAAAUUAACCAUUAGUGUUAUUGUGGUAGCUUGUCCUUGUGCUUUAGGUUUAAGUACACCUACUGCAGUUAUGGUUGGAACAGGUGUUGGAGCUUUAAAUGGUAUUAUUAUUAAAGGGGGUGAUAUUUUAGAAGCGCUCAACAAAGUUGACACUGUUAUAUUUGACAAAACUGGAACCCUUACUCGCGGUGAAUUAACAGUUAACCAAAUGGAAGUUGUUGAGGAAAAUACAAAAAAAUUGAAUAUUUCUAUUGAUGAACUUUGGGGAUUAGUCUAUACUGCAGAACUUGCCAGUGAGCAUCCCAUCGGCAAAGCAAUUACUGAAAAACUCCAAGAGCUUUCACAUACCUAUUCAAUGGAGCUCAAAUCUUUUCUUGCAAUUCCAGGUCAAGGUGCUAAGGCUGAAGUAUUAUACAAAAACCGUAUUUUUACUCUAUUGUUGGGAAAUUCACUGCUUUUAAGAGAAAACCAAAUUUAUACUCCCCUUGAGAUUGAUCACACAUUGAAUUUUGCAUCUAAUAAUGGAUUAACAUGUGUACAGAUAUCUGUGAAUAAUGAGUUUUUGGGAUUUUUCGGGUGCAUGGAUGAAUUACGACCGGAUGCCGCUCGCUGUGUAUCAGCCUUAAAAAUGAUGAAAAAAAACGUUAGUUUACUUACUGGUGAUCAGCUUCCUACCGCUCGAAGAGUUGCUUAUGAUGUUGGCAUUUUAGCUUCAGAUGUUCAUGCGGAGGCAGUUCCAACUACAAAAACAGCUAUUGUUCAACAGAAGAAGGAUGAAGGACAUCGUGUUGCAAUGGUAGGAGAUGGCAUCAAUGAUUCUCCUUCGUUGGCUUUAGCUGAUGUUGGCAUUGCUCCAAGCAGCGGAUCUGGCAUUGCUUUAGAAAGCGCCGAUGUUGUCCUUGUUCGAAAAGACGUUUUAAUUGACGUUGCGGUUGCAUUUGAUCUUGCCAAAGUGGUUGUUAGAAGAAUACGUUAUAACUUAGUAUGGGCAUGCACUUACAAUCUUUUAAUGGUCCCUGUAGCUAUGGGUUUUCUUUUACCGUGGAAUAUAUAUUUGAACCCAAUGUGGGCAAGUGCAGCAAUGAUGUUCUCUAGUCUCAGUGUGACUCUAAGCAGUCUGUUGUUGAAGAGAUGGAAGAGGCCUUCACAAUAUGAUACCAUCGAAGAGACAUCGGAUUUCGAAGGGGAUACUUUCAAACAAAAGCUUCGAAAACUGUGGGAUUCUUUACGCAAUAAACUACACAUGCAUUCUACGCAAAACAGCUAUCAGCGGGUUGACAAUCAAGUAUAAUUAUGCCACCUUUUAUUUUUUUACUACACCGCUCUGUUAAAGUAUAUUGUCUAAAAAACUGUUUCACUGUUUUUAUUUUGUUUAUUUUCUUGGUUAAUAAUGGUAAAACUAAUUUUAAAGAAAUUCGACGCUGAAAGCGUUAGAAGGAAAUAAAUUUUUGUUGUAAUAUCAUGCGCUUAAUUUAUGCAAUUGACUAAAGGACGUUAAGAUAGUGGUCUAUUUACUUGUUCUUUUCAGUUAUUGUCUAUACCAAGUGAAAACGUAAUCUCAAUAAUUAAAGGAAUCAUGAGGACUCAGAAUUGGCAACACCUCCCUUAUCUUUCAACUUUUCUUCCCAAGCCUUUUUAGCAUCACCUUUUCUUCUAGUGACCUUACGAUGCUUUAAGUCUAAAUGACGGCUGAUGUCUUCUAAAGUAACACCUGAACCGACGCAACGAGUUAUGGUAAAGUAAAGUAAAUCAGCCAUCUCCCAAGUAACUUCGUCUUUGGUUUUAGCAUCACAAAGUUCUUCAGCUUCUUCCAUAAUUUUGGCACGCAACAAUUUUGGAUCGGAAAAGAGACGAGCGGUAUAAGAGCCCUCGGGAGCAUUCUCUUUUCUAUCUGUCAAAACAGAUUCCAACUGAGGUAAACCAGAGGCAUGACCAAAACAAUGCAAAGUGUCAAGGUGGCAAAAGCCUUUUCCGGUUUGAUGAACGACGAAACGCAGACAGUCUCCAUCACAGUCCAAAUCGAUGCGCAACAACUUUUGGACAGCACCGGAGGUCGCUCCUUUGUACCACAAGCCACGCUUACGGGAUUGAUAAACACCGGUACCUGUUUUCAUAGACUCAGCAACGCUUUCUUUGCUGGAGUAAACAAGACCAAGAGCAACGCCAAGCUCAUUUACAACCAAAGUGGAGUAGAGACCAUCUUUUCGAUCGGUCUUGGCGUCAAUCAUAACCAUAUCAGAGAGAUGUAAUUUUUCUGGUUCAGCAUCUUUGUUAACUGUGAGAAACUCACUGGUGACAACUGGAACAACAGAAUGCAAGGAGAUAGAAGCUAAUGUGUCAACAGAGGGUUUGACAGGAAAUUCUAAAUAAAGCAUGCGGUUUCCACCAGCUGGCAAGACUGACUUGUGGAUCAGCUUACUAGCUUUCUCAAAAAAAUCAGGAGGAUAGUCUUGUGUUCUUGCAAUCCAUUGAAAAGAGCCAGCAAAUUUACAAAGCUCUUCAACCUUUUUUAUGUCAGUGGUAUUUGUCUUUAAAAUGAGACGGCUAGGAGAAAUGUCAGACAGUUCUUGCAGAACUUCUUCAUUCACCAAAAUAGCUAAAGCACCGGCGUUCAAAAUUUUAAUACAUUCUUCAAUGGACAGUCCCGUUGUUAUAUCGACAAUCAAAUCAACAGACUCCGAAAUCUUUUUUACUUUUUCUAAAGAUUUUUCAAAGUGUUCAGGAAACACCCGAGUUUCCAAACAACCGACGUAUUGAAGCCACUUGAGGGUCUUAAUUCCAUCACCUUCAAAUUUCGACAAAUCAAAAAAUGGUAACACCGCCAUUUUUCCAAAUCUAAGAGGAACGUCUAGUUACGAAAAAGAUGGGUUCCACGAAUUUUUGCAAGGAACAUAACAUUUCAAGGGUAACGUCACUUAGGUAACAGACUCGAAAUAAGUAACAAGAAGGAUCAGUGAGAAGGCAUGGAAUCAAUAAAUUAAACAUGAGAUACGUGUCUUGCAUUGAAAGAAUGA